AUGCUCAACGAUCUGUUAGUCAUACAACUGAUUUUUUCAUCAAGUACUGAUCCAAGUAAUGCAUCAAUACAAGUGAUCAAUGUUCAAAAAGAAUUAUGUGAAGUUUAUGAACGAAAAGAAAUUGAUCAACCUGUUACAUUAAUUGGUCCAUAUUCACCAUUAGAAGCAAAUCAUUCUUCAUGUCAUUAUGCAACUAAAAUGCGUCGUGUUCAAAUCGAUGAUGAAUCAAUAAAUUCUGUUGGUUUAGAAGAAGAACAACAUUGUCAUUAUCAUUGUUUACUUGUGGCAUUUGAUGUUCAUCUUUCUCAAACACGACAGAUUGUUUCACUUCGUCAUACAAUUUUAAUGCCAUCUAUUCGAGGUUUACUAGCUUUAAUUGCAAUUGUUAUUUCCACCAACUAUUGA